CCGGCUUCGCCAGCAUUGCCGGAGGGGUCAUGGCCGUGCCUUGGGAAGCUAAAACAGAGGUUCCUUAGGAGCUGAAACACCACGUCCAGUCCGGUGCCUUAGAAGGACCACACACCUUCUCACCUUCACAUACAGAGCGAGGACGAUGAUGGAAUCAUGGAAUCACUCGACUUAAGGGGUGGUGUUCUUGGUGACGGCCGGAAGUAUCAUGACGCAUCAGGCUUUGGGUGUUUUGGAGACCACCUGAAGUGGACUGAAGUGGUCAUAAGAUGUCAGAAGCAUCCAUCACCACUUUUGCCAAGAAUUUCUUCCAUAAAUAGCUUUCCAAGUCUUCCAAGUCUAACUCGAAACGCCUGGGCACCACCGGGUGCCUCCAUCGUGCCGCAGCCGUGGGGGCCCAAAGAUGUUGGCCCCAUGCGCGCGGCGCGCAACGCCCACGCUCCCCGCACGCGGCGAAGCCGUGGGCUUCGGCUCAAGCCAUCGGUGGUGUCCCAUGAGACGGAGGAAGAGACGCACUUUGCCUUCGGCCUCCUGCACUGGGUGACGCUGGCCGUGGGCUUCUUCGGGCUCGUGGCGAUGCUGCUGCAGGUGAAGCUCUUGUCCUCCGAACGCCGCGCCGAGCUGACCCUCCUCACCCCCUUCACGCGCCCCACGCCGACGCCCCUCGCACUCGCGAACACGCCGCACGCGCCGCACGGCGCGGACCCCGCCACGGCGGAGCUGGCGCGGCAGCUGGACGCCAUGCAGCGCACGGAGCGUCCGCCGCGGGCGCUGCGCCGCGCGGCGCCGACGGUGCCGAAGACCACGGCGCCGACGGACGAUGUGGGCAGACGCGAGGCGACGACGAUGGCGCCGGCCGAGCGCAGCAUGAAGAGGUGGUGCGAUUGGUCAAGACAUCCUGGGAAGUAUCUGGGAGAGUUGCUGGAUGAAGGGAAGGAGCUGUCACUCCUCGAGGCCCAGGAGCGCUGCUUCGCCGCCGGCGCCGCCUGCCCUGGCGUCACCUGCAGCGGCGGCGGCGCCGUGGGCGCCACGCGCUGCACCGCGCGGCGGGGGCUGCCGUACUUGGCGGUGUCACCGUCGAGCCAGGAGGUCUCCUACACCAAGAGAUGCCCUGAAAGGUCCUCAAAGCCACCCUCCUGGGCUCCGCGUCCGUCCAGUAUGCGCCGUGGCGCGGACAGCGCUGGGCGCGGCGACGUGGCGCGGACGUUGAGACCGGAGGAGCUGCUGCUGGUGGUGAUCGCACACAACAGACCCGACUGCUUGGAGAAGUGCCUGAAAUCCUUGUCCGAGCUCCAGGAGAUCCAGCAGACUCCCUUGGCGGUGUCCCUCGAUGAGCCCAGUGCCUACGAGACCAUGGAGGCCGUGGUGCACCGCUAUCGACACGAGCUGAAGCUGGAGAUUUGGCACAAGGUGCCCUAUGCCGGUGCCCGGGGGCCGCUGAACGCGAAGGUGGCCGUGAGCCGGAUUUCGGAGCACUUCCGCUUCGUGCUGGAGGAGAGCUUUGUGAAGAAGGGCUCCUGG